AAAAACAUACACAGGAUCAAAUGAACAUUCACAUACAUGUAUAUACGAAUGCAAGACAAAUGCAGCUCGGAGGAUGAAAAAAAAAAAUCAAGGUCACUUGAAAAUAUGGCCCUCCUCAGCUUAGAAGUGGAUUCCCCCUGAUAAGAUAUAAUUUUCAUUGAUUUUCCAGCUUUGCCUUUGCGUAUGUGCGUUUGUGUCUGCAUGUGAGUCAGCUGCAUCCUCAGCACCUGGGACAUUACCUCCAGCCUCCACAGGGGAAGCUGCAUCGCCAACACUUGGAUCCAAAGUAAAAGAUCCUGCUUCACGUUUGUCAUUAAGGACUCCAGAACAGACUCUCCGUGGGUGUGUGAGAGGAGAGGGAGGUCGACAUGGGCUCCAGCUCUUCCUCUUAUGCCCCCAAAGCCAUUUACCUGGAUGUGGAUGGGAAGGUGCAGAAGGUGGUGUUCAGCCGACACUGCAGUCCAUGUGACAUCAAAGAGCUUCUGUGUUCCUCAUCUAACAUUCCAAGGAACACUGCCAUCAUGAUGGUGGAUCCAGAAGGUGCCUUAGUUUCCAUUGAUCCCACCAUGCCCACCAACUCUCCAAACUCUUUGUACAAAGUCGUCCCCCUGUCUACGGGUCAGCUUGGAGAGAAGGAGGACAUGUUUCAGAACGUGUUGUCCCAGGUGGCCGAUCAGUUCAGCAGAGCUUUUCGUAUCAACGAGCUGAAGACUGAGGUCACCAACCGGCUAGCAAUGCUGGAGAAGAGAGUGGAAUUGGAGGGCUUGAAAGUGGUGGAGAUUGAGAAGUGCAAAAAUGAUCUGAAGAAGCUGCGAGAUGAGAUGACCUCAAGAGGAGGUGGCAGGGUAAACUGUCCGUGCAAGUACAACUUCUCAGAUGAUGGGAAGAAGGUCACUCCUCGACGAGAUGUCCCCAAUUACCCAAAGUACACACUCUCUCAGGAGACCGUUGAGGCUUUGAAGAAGCCAACAUUUGAUGUCUGGCACUGGGAACACAAUGAGAUGCUGAGCUGUCUGGAGAAUAUGUACCAUGAUUUGGGACUGGUGAAGGAGUUCAACAUGAACCCGAUCACUCUCAAACGCUGGCUGUUGGCAAUUCAGGAGAACUACCGUAACAACCCUUUCCACAACUUUCGUCACUGCUUCUGUGUCAGUCAGAUGAUGUAUGGCAUGAUCCACCUCUGCAACCUACAGGAGAAGCUGACUCUCACAGACAUGGGCAUUUUAAUGACAGCUGCAGUGUGUCAUGACCUGGACCACCCUGGCUACAACAACACGUACCAAAUCAAUGCUCGCACAGAGCUGGCAGUACGCUACAAUGACAUCUCUCCCCUGGAGAACCAUCACUGUGCUGUGGCCUUCCAGAUCCUUUCUCUUCCAGAGUGCAAUAUCUUUGCAAAUGUGGAUCCUGAAGCAUUCAAACAGAUCAGACAGGCAAUUAUCACCCUCAUUCUGGCCACUGACAUGGCCAGACAUGGGGAGAUACUAGACUCCUUCAAGCAGAAAGUGGACAACUUUGACUUCACCAAUGAGGAGCAUGUGACAUGUCUGAAGAUGGUUUUGAUCAAGUGCUGUGAUAUUUCCAAUGAGGUGAGACCAACUGAGGUUGCUGAGCCAUGGGUGGACUGUCUACUCGAGGAGUACUUCAUGCAGAGUGACAGGGAGAAGUCUGAGGGUCUCCCAGUGGCUCCCUUCAUGGACAGAGAUAAAGUCACCAAACCUACUGCUCAGAUUGGAUUCAUCAAGUUUGUCCUCAUCCCAAUGUUUGAGACUGUCAUGAAGCUUUUCCCUCAGAUUGAAGAGAUCAUGGUUCAACCUUUGAGAGAUUCUCGUGACCACUAUGAGGAGCUGAAGCAGAUUGAUGACGCCAUGACAGAGGGAUCUUCCUUUGUGAUCAAAUUCAGGAAAGACUUUAAAAACCUUGACUGAGGCCCCAGUGAAGACAUUCGGCACUGCGUUGUGAAGAUGACGGAUGGAGCAGGAGGGCAAGGGAACAAAAGGGGACUGCUUGGCUACACACUGAACUAAAAUUAGACAUCAAGGUGGCAUAUCUUGAACUUUGACUUAGACUUUUGCACUGGAUGUUACAGAGAACGACCUGCCGACCUCUCUGUAUAUUUAUGGUGUUUAUGUUGUUCUCCACUCAUUUUUAUUUUAUAGCGCAUUAAGAGCUCUCCAUAAAAAACACUUGAAACCCUGUUUUAAGAUCGAUUUCCAUGCUUUUUUUUUUUUUUUAAAUAGACGAUAACUCCUGAGUAACCCUGAUGAACCAAAGGUUUGGGAUUUUUUUUUAUUUUACAAAAACAAUAUAUUAAUUCCUUUUUUUCCCAGUUUCAUGAGUAGAAAAAUAAAAUGCAUCAAAGUGAGAUGCUUUCACCUCACUGUAGCAAUAAAGUUUUGAUUGGUAUGGUGCAUAAUGAGUGUUUUCCAAAGAAUAAUGCAGUUUCACUUCUCUCUUUUAUUGUUCACACACAAAAAAGCAAUUCAAUAAAACUACACAAUUCUGGGUGUAUUUUGUUUGACACUUUUUAAUAAAAUGAAGCCAUAUAGAGA